AGGUGGCCCAUGUCUGUGCUCCUGUGAUCCUAGCCCGUAGGAAGCAGAUGCAGGAGAAUCACCCGUGUGCUUGAUGCCUGCUCCAGCUACCUGGAAAGACCUGUCUUCAAACAAAAUGGAACUUAGAACCACAAGCCCAUCCUGAUGUUGCUAUGGGUUUUGCACUUGGAGACUGGAGCCAGUUAAUUGAGGUGUGUUCUCUAGCUGGAGAUAAGUAUCAGGAGCGCUGCAGCGCUCCCUCUCAUUGGUGGAAGAUUCCAGCCCCACCCACCAGUUCUCCACACCAGGUCCUAAAUCCGUGGAGCGUAAUUGAAGGAGUGGCGAGAGUGGGCGUGUCAUCGGAGGUGACGUUUCCGGAAGCUCUGACUGUCAUCCUUCACGAAAGGUGGGAAGGGUCCCGGGAAUGCAGCGGGACUGGGGAUCCUGGCGCGGUGGGACCCCGCGGGGAGAGGCCGUGAGUGUGGGGUCCGUGUCCCUGGCCCAGGCCGGCCGCGCGCGAGCUCUGGGAUGGCCCUGUCUUCAGGGCUGGCUUCAGACCAGCCAGGCCUGGUCUCAACACUCCUUGCAUUUUCGAGAAACCUGACUGAGUGCCUUGCAUUUUUGGAGAAACCUGACUGAGUGCCUUCUAGAUGGGCGCUGCCAGCAGUUACUGCUGGAUCCCUCUCCCGAUACACACGCUCUGCAGGGUUGCUGAACCCCAUGUUGUCCCGAGCCACUCGAUGGCUUCUGGAGGAUGGUCCUUUCUUUACCCACAAGUGCCUCUCUCGAGAGGUGCCCAGAUGGCCAGCAUCCCAUUCCAAUGAGCUCUUCUGGGCUGUGCCCAGUUCGGCGGUUAGGGACGUGGGCAGAUUUACACUCUCAAGAGGAUGUGUUUUACACUCGCAAUGUCCCCACACUCCUAGCAGCCCUCGGCUUUUGCUAGAAAAGGGAGUUUAGUGGGGAAACUUCGUGGACAAAAUGCCACCGCAAAGUUAGGGCAAGCUAAAGCAGAACUGGCCUAGAGAAAACAACCUCUGAGGACAGAACUUAUUUGUCCAAUGUCUGACCAUGGGGAUGUGAGCCUCCCACCCCAAGACCGGGUGAGGAUUCUGUCCCAACUUGGGAGUGCAGUUGAGUUAAAUGAAGACAUUCCACCCCGUCGCUACUACCGCUCCGGUGUUGAGAUCAUCCGCAUGGCGUCCGUUUACUCGGAAGAAGGCAACAUUGAACAUGCCUUUAUCCUCUACAACAAGUACAUCACGCUGUUUAUUGAAAAACUUCCGAAACACCGAGACUACAAAUCAGCUAUCAUUCCUGAGAAGAAAGAUGCUGUCAAGAAAUUAAAGAGCGUCGCUUUCCCUAAAGCGGAAGAGCUGAAGACAGAGCUCUUGAGAAGAUACACCAAAGAAUAUGAGCAGUAUAAAGAGCGAAAGAAAAAGGAAGAAGAGGAACUUGCCCGAAAUAUCGCCAUCCAGCAAGAGUUGGAAAAAGAAAAACAGAGGGUUGCUCAGCAGAAGCAGAAGCAGCUAGAGCAGGAGCAAUUCCAUGCCUUUGAGGAGAUGAUCCAGAGGCAGGAGCUGGAAAAAGAACGGCUGAAAAUUGUUCAAGAGUUCGGGAAGGUAGACCCUGGCCCCUGCGGGCCUCUGCUCCCUGAUCUGGAAAAGCCUUGUGUAGAUGUGGCCCCCAGCUCACCGUUCUCGCCCACGCAGACUCCAGACUGUAACACAGGCAUGAGGCCAGCUAAGCCACCUGUGGUGGACAGGUCCCUGAAACCUGGAGCGUUAAGCGUCAUAGAAAAUGUUCCCACCAUUGAAGGCCUGCGCCACAUCGUGGUGCCCCGUAAUCUGUGCUCAGAAUUUCUCCAGCUUGCCAGUGCCAAUACCGCCAAAGGCAUUGAAACCUGUGGAGUCCUCUGUGGAAAACUGAUGAGAAAUGAAUUCACAAUCACACAUGUUCUCAUCCCCAGACAAAAUGGUGGGCCUGAUUAUUGCCACACGGAGAAUGAAGAAGAAAUUUUCUUUAUGCAGGAUGACCUUGGACUCCUCACUCUUGGCUGGAUCCAUACUCAUCCAACCCAAACGGCCUUUCUGUCCAGUGUGGAUCUCCACACUCACUGCUCCUACCAAAUGAUGUUACCAGAGUCCAUCGCAAUCGUCUGUUCCCCAAAGUUCCAGGAAACUGGAUUCUUUAAGCUAACUGACUAUGGUCUUCAAGAGAUUUCAACCUGCCGGCAGAAAGGCUUUCACCCCCAUGGCAGAGACCCACCGCUGUUCUGUGACUGCAGCCAUGUCACUGUCAAGGACAGAAUUGUGACGAUCACAGACCUUCGAUAAAUCUCAAAUCAUGAACCAGGGAGAUGGAUCACUGGGUAACAGCACUUGUCACCAAGCCCAACAGCCCAGGCUCAGUUCUUGGGACCCACAUGGUAGAAGGAGUGUACCGACAUUCCCCCAAGUUGUCCUCUAACCUCCACAUGUGUGCUGUGGUAUGUGUGUUCUCACGUGUGUGUGCACAUACACACACACACGCAUAUCAAUUAAUUUAAAAAGCGAAUAAAUGUAAAUUAUAAAAAGAGUCCUACCCCCCUCUUAAGCUGCAUAUCCCGUUCAGUUUAUUGCCCCCAUGGAGUUGAGUAAGCUUUUAAGACAGGAUAGGAAAGGGUCAACACUAAGGGGAGACUGUUGUUGUUGUUGUUGUUGUUGUUGUUGUUGUUUUUCCUUAAUUUGAAAUCAUCUUAUUUUUUAAGACAAAUGUGAAAAUGACCAAAUCACACCAAGCAACUAACUCAAAAAUUAGGAUGCAAGAGAAAAUACUUCUCUAGAUCCAAACACUGGCCUUCUGUUCCUCUUGAAAUUUACCUCCCAACUUGUUCAUCUCUGCCUUUGGACUAAAUAGGGGCAUCUGUGCAAAACUGUAGAAGCCAUUUUGAAGGAUUUGGCUUUUUAUUGUUUGUGGCAUUAAUAAGGGAGCUUACCAUUCUGGUGGGAUGUGCAUGAGGCGUUCACAGCCCCCAUACAUGGAUCUUGUUUAAAGUGUAUUAUUUAAAAGGUCAGGGUGUUAUUUUCUUCUAUAAUAAAACAGCUCACUUGUGUUGUG